AUGCCUGAAGGCUGUAGCGACUUCAAGAGAGGUGACAAGACGAUUCGGGCGAGCGACUUCCAAAAGGAUCUUAACGACUGCUGUGACAAAGCGCUCAGGCUGUUGGAGACCGAACUCUGGUCCAUUGAUGAAGCGAAGACUGACAGAUUGAGGACCGUAAGACUCCAUGGUGCAGCACUGUCGAAUCCUCAUAUUAAAUCUUAUUUCCUGAAGAGCCUUGACAGCAUCUGCAUCAGGAUGAGAGAAGGAGGUCGCAAAGCGGAGUUCGAUGUGGAUAUCCUCGACCGGAAGGAAGAUGAGAAUGCCGUGGCGAGAGGCGCAUCAAGACCUUUCUCGAAGAAUCCUUUGCCAGGAUUCAGAAGGGCUGUCGUUGGCGUCAUGGCAACGCUACCAGUGCGUUCCGAUGCUCCCAUCGUUGUUGGGGAGGCACCCUUACAGAAGGCCGUCCUAGAGUUCAAGGCCCCUGGUAAACUCGAGGUAGAGUCCGGAUACGAACAGAUGACCGUGGCGACUGAGCCAGACGAUUUCUGGAUAGAGCUACAAGAGCUCCUGCACCUGGAUAAGCCGCUUGAAGGCAAGGGCAAGUUUAGCGACGAUACGGGACGUCCGUACUGGUCAGACGAGUACGCCAUGCCCAUGGGCCCUCAAAGGUUCGAUCUGACUGGGCUCAGGUCCACAGGCGACAAGGUUUGGGUCAAGUUAAUACGCGAAACGUCGACUCUGUACGUCCUCGAAGUGAAUUGUGGCGAUGAGAACCCGCGUGAUGAGGACGCAGCGGACGGACAUGCGAUUUGGAGGCGAUUGAAACUUUAUAAAGAUGGAGAGAUGGAGUUUUUCGACGUGGCAAGCGACGAAGACAAAGCUGAUGGACAUACAAACGUGUCACGACGCGUCAAUGGGCGGGGGACGAGGUCUGACGGUUUGGAUACAGCCUUGUGGAACGGUCGAGCGGCUAGUUCGACGCGCUAUCCUUUGCGAUCAAAAGGCGCCACUGACGUCUUGUCAGGACAACAGCAAACGGCCCCUGAAGCCGGCUCACCGGUUCUGGGGAGUGACGCUCCUGAAGCUGGCUCGCCGGUUCUGGGGAGUGACGCUGAACAAGUACUUCCCAUCGGCAAAGGGGUCAGCCAGAGAGAACGACUCGACGAUGAUCCGUACCAAAUCCCCUCAGACGGCGAGCCAACGGUCAGUCGUACUCCAGCAGCCCGUACCCCUCUACCUUUACGAAAGCCGGCUCCCACGGCGGCUCCCAUGGAGGUCCUGCAUACCCCGUCAACUCUAAAAAGUACGGCUCGUAUACCUGCAAAAAAGAUGAGUAUUCUUCAUCUGCUUGGCUCAGGCAUAUAG